AUGAUGCAAGUCACAGAAUACUCGGACAGCAGCGGCAGGCUGAGGAGCUUCCCCCGUCUGAACAAGCUGCUCACGCUGAUUCUGGGGCCCGGGAGCAUGCAGGCGACAGGAAGUGAAACAUUUUCAGCUGUGCCAAACCUUCAGGCACUGUCCAUGAGCAGCAACGUCAUCAAAGUCAUUGGAAGCUGGUUUGGCGGGAUCACAAAGUUGGUGAAGCUCGACCUGUCUAGGAAUGAAAUUGAUCACAUCAUGAAGAAUGCCUUGCAACCCUUGGCACGAUUGGAGUACCUUAUUUUAAUGUAUAACCGGCUGAGUACUGUGGAAGAUUGGUACUUUGCUGGCCUGACCAGCCUCAAGUAUCUGCACCUGAGCUACAACAACAUCUCACAUAUUGCUGCGAAGUCGUUUGGUUACCUUUCCAUGUUACAAAGUCUCUCCCUAGAUCACAAUAAGCUGUCGUCAGUCAAUGCAAAUUGGCUACAAGGGUUGGGCAGACCUGCCCAGAGGUUCAGUCUAGGGCUCACAUACAACCGGAUACAGAUCAUCCCAGUGGAGUCGCUCGCUACAGUGCGUGGAUGGCGUGGCGACUUCCAUCCAUACGUUGAGGCAAAUCCUUACCGUUGCACCUGUGCGCUAGAUGGCUUGAUGUCUGUAGGGCCUAGAGCAUUGGGUCGCGUCUACAGCAGAUUGCAGUGCAGCUACCCACCGAGUCUCUCCGGGAAAAAGAUCGCCGACGUGGAGAGGUACGAGAUGCCAUGUCCGCCACCUACAGCCAAGGUAUCACACCAAGAUGACGGAGUCACUCUCGUUUGUGAGGUCUUCUGGGAGAAGCAGCCAGAGAUCAUUUGGCUGGAUCCGGAAGGGAGGGACGUCAGAGACGGAGAGUCAGCCAGCCAUUGUUUCAGCGCUGUAACUGCUCACUUGGAGCACGACAUCCCCACCACCCAGUCUCCUGAAGGAGAAACAGCACACUCCACGAGCGACUCCGGCCUACCCUACAUCGGCAAGUCCACCUCCACCCUCCGCCUGAGUCAGAAGGCCUACCGGUGCUGGACGGAGGGCAGUUUCCGGUGCAUCGUGCAGUCUACACCAGGCAGCGUCACUGUGGAUCUACCGCUGACCAAGCCACACGAGACAAGCGAAGGAGGGCAGAGCCAUGGUGAGGGAGGGCAGAGCCAGCACACCAUGAUGGCAGCCGUCUACACCACGACACCUGUACAUGCCCAGCAGAAGGCAAGGAUGAGCAAAUCCACGGUCAAGAGCACCAAGCCACACGAGACAAGCGAAGGAGGGCAGAGCCUACAGCACACCUUCACUGUGGAUCUACCGCUGACCAAGCCACGCGAGACAAGCGAAGCAUUACGAACUGGGCCAAUUCACAACCGGGAAAUGGAAACCCGCAGUUUCUGCGGCUCUCCCGCUGUGCGGAGCGGCUUAGUGUCAUUAGCACCUCGGCGCGAGCAAACAGUCGCCUUGGACAGUUUGACUGCCGGGCGAUGGCAUUGGUGCAUUUUAAUUUUGAAUCGCCAGAUGGUGUUUUGA